AUGUCUCUCGUUUUGCUGAGGUCGCCGACCCCCAAACCAGCGAGGAUUAUAGGUAGCAAACGCCCCCCUAUUGUCUACCCCCCUCGGCUCAGCAGUACCUAUCAACCACCAAACUCUUACACUCUGCCACACACCGACGCCAACGAAGUCAAGCUCGAAGCAUGCUGGCUCGCUCGACAGACGCCCUCACCGCUCUCCACGCCCCCAAUCACACGAUCGACGCACAAACACACAGACACCACCACACCGCACCGGAUGCCUAUUCCCUUGGCCGCCUGUUUAUUGGCCAAGCUGACAUCCGCCCAAAAGCCCCAAAUCACGACGCUAAUAGCCUGUCUUGCUUUUUUGAGCGCCUCCGACCCCCGUCUCCCCUAUUCGCGGUCAAAUGUCUCGCCUGCGUCCGUCCCUUUUUAA